AUGGGAGAUCUUCGAGCUGUCGCGGUAGCACACAGUCUUGAUCGGCAGCAGAUGUCCAUAAUCGACAUCUCGACCGUCGACCUUACGAUCCACACGGCCAAUGAUCGCACAACUAACACCACGAUUCCCAAGAGCCUGAAAUGCGAGAGGCAACAUCGUCCCACUCGUAGAUACAGCACGCAAGUCCAUGAGAAGGUUUGCGACGUCUGCACGGAGGGCUAUGUGCCAAGCGGCAUGCAAUGGAUCAAUUGGAAAGCGGCUGGCCUAUUCUGUCCGAAGUGUGUCGGGAAGGCUUUCACGGACAUUAUCGCCGAGGAGGAACAGUACGACGAGGACGGGAUCCCGAAGUCAGGAGCUUAUGAAAUCAGCGAAGACUAG